AUGGCUGAAACGGUUAAUUCUAUGCAGUUUGUUGACAGUGACAUGUACGGUCCUGAUGUCGCCCUAGACAAUGAUGAGAAUGAAAUGUGCGAUGAAGAAAAUGUAUUGGGCGGAUCAAAUGAUGAUGAUGAUGAAGAUGAUGCCGACGCUCCCUCACUUACAAGAUCCAGUAGCACAGGGGGUACUGUAUUACAACAACAUUGGGAUGAAGAAGAAAUACUCCAUAAUACAGGGAAUAACAGUCCUGAGAUUACUUCUAAUCUUAAUCAGAUGGUUGUUGAACAUCAUCCAGGAUCGACCACCGCACUUGAUGGAGGAUGGUUUGCUCGGAUUGCAGCAUUGCUCGUGGGUGAGGAUCCAACACAGUGUUAUGCACUUAUAUGUGGGAACUGUCAUAAACACAAUGGGCUUGCAAGGAAGGAAGAUUUCCCAUACAUAACGUACUAUUGCCCCCACUGCAAUGCCCUGAAUGGGUCAAAACAUCCAAAUGGUAUUUCUGGUUCCGACUUGCCUGGUAUGAGCUCCUUGAUAACAGGAGGCAAUAUUGACCCCAUCAACAACAUUGGUAGAGUUACAAUGACUGACACUGACAUGACACCUGUAAGUAGUAGCCCAGUGGCUCUAUCUGCUGUGGAAACCAUUGAAGGAAGCGAAGCGGUUUUGUCUGGGGUUCCAGAUCCAGUUAGUUAAAGGCAGACUUCGUGACGCCUGUGCAUAGAGCUUCAUGUUUUAGGUAACUCAAGAGCGUGUUUUGAGUGCUGGCUGGGACUGUAAAUGAGUUUGUUUUUGGUUGUGUAACGUUAGGUUUGUUAAUUGCAAUCCUAGUUUGCUAGGGUGUCUAUGCCAUUUUAAGUAAUAGCUUCUUGGCAAAGUGCUUACGUUGCUCUUUAUGUUGUGAUUCUGAAAGUACAUCUAUAUACAAGUAGGCCUUCAUUGCCACUUGAGAUCAAA